CCACUCAGGCGGCAGAGAGGCUGCCCUGCUGCAAUGUCACCAUCGUCACCGCUGCUGCAGGCUGCCGGCACCUGUCACCACUGCAGAGGACAGAGGGCCCCCAGGCCAUCAGGGACCCCAGGGCUUUGGGGCACUGCGUGAAGCCGGGAGGUGGCUGGCCAGAUGGGGAGCACAAUGGAGCCCCCCGGGGGUGCAUACCUGCACCUGGGUGCUGUGACGUCCCCCGUGGGCACAGCCCGGGUGCUGCAACUGGCCUUUGGCUGCACCACCUUCAGCCUGGUUGCCCACCGGGGCGGCUUUGCAGGCGUCCAGGGCACCUUCUGCAUGGCUGCCUGGGGCUUCUGCUUCGCAGUGUCACUCCUGGUGGUGGCCUGUGAGCUCACGAAGCUCCACGGCUGCCUCCGCCUCUCCUGGGGCAACUUCACAGCGGCCUUCGCCAUGCUGGCCACGCUGCUGUGUGCCACGGCUGCCGUCAUCUACCCCCUGUACUUCACCCGGCUGCAGUGCCCGCCAGAGCCUGCCGGCUGCGCAGCUAGGGACUUCCGCCUGGCGGCCAGCGUCUUUGCCGGGCUCCUCUUCCUGGCCUACGCAGCGGAGGUGGCCCUAACGCGGGCCCGGCCUGGCCAGGUGGCCAGCUACAUGGCCACGGUGUCAGGGCUUCUCAAGAUCGUCCAGGCCUUCGUGGCCUGCAUCAUCUUUGGGGCACUGGUCCAUGACAGCCGCUAUGGGCGCUACAUGGCCACCCAGUGGUGCGUGGCCGUCUACAGCCUGUGCUUCCUGGCCACCAUGGCUGUGGUGGCUCUGAGCGUGACGGGCCACGCGGGCAGCCUGGGCUGUCCCUUCGACCGCCUGGUGGUGGUGUACACCUUCCUGGCUGUGCUCCUGUACCUCAGCACCGCUGUGAUUUGGCCGGUCUUCUGUUUUGAUCCCAAGUACGGGGAGCCCAGAAGGCCCCCCGACUGUCCCCGGGGCAGCUGCCCCUGGGACAGCCAGCUGGUGGUAGCGAUCUUCACCUACGUCAACCUGCUCCUCUACGUCGCCGACCUCGCCUACUCUCAGAGGAUCCGCUUCGUGCCUACCCUGUAGCCUGGCAAGGCGAAGCCGGCCCACCUCCGCUCUCUGGCUGGGGGUUACAGGCAUGUGUGGGGAACAAGACAUGUGGGUGAGCAGGAGGGGGUCUGAGGACUCAGGCAGACGCUGCACAACGGGCAGCGGACGCCCUUGGAUUUCUGGCGGCACUCAGGGUGGGCUUGGCAGGGCAGAAGAAAGAUGGGGGCAGGAGGCUCUCUGUGCAGGGGACACAGGACAGCUCUCAUUCUUCCUAUCUCUGUCUGUCUCCAUCUGUGUUUCUCUCUCUCUCUCCAUUUCCCAGUCCUUUUCUCCCUGGGUCCAGUACUGGGUCCAGUACUGGGUCCAGCGUUGAUCACUGUAAUGUGGGAAGCCUUGGAGCAGGUACUGCUGAGGCCCAUUCUACAGAUGGGGCAUGCAGGCUAAAUGGACUUCAGAUAUGGCCCAGUGUGUCCUUCAGUGUCUGGAUAUGGCACUCAAGGUGGGAAAUACAUUAGACAGUGGACGAUUUCCAGAGGUGUUGGAAGGGCCACAGACAAGCCCAGGAGAGCACCAGAGCCAGGCCCACGGAGGGGACCGUGAAGCAGAAACCUCCUCUUCAUUUGAAGGGGCAGUGUCCAGAACCCUGGGAAGAGAGCUCUGCUGGGAGCUGUGCCGGCUCACAGAAAAGGAACCCAGAAAUCAGGAGCCUGCUCCACUGGCCUCUGGGGAGUUUCCCAGUGGCCAUGGCCACUGGAAGGCGAGUGCAGACUGGGCUAUGGCCACCCAUGGCUGCCUUCCAGGGCUCAGUGGCUGGAGACAGUGCUGGUAGCCUGGAAGGGCCUGCUGAGCUGGCGGCACCACCAGGAGUCGGGGUCCCAGUGAUGGAGGCCCUGCUCAAUGCCCACUGUGGGCUGUGACACAGAAGCUACUGCAGAGGCUGCUUUGGGAGGUUGGCCUGGUAGGCAACACCGACACAGGGUGAUGGCCUGGCCUGGACAGUCACUGGGACGUGGAGCCUGGGCACCAGGCAUCCAGCUGCCUGCUGCUCCUGACAACCAGGGCCCACAGGCACCAACAUCCUCCAUGUUCCAGCCAGCUUCUCCUGCACAAGAGCUAAGACAAGCCCAGCCUGGACAGGCCCACUGGCCACCAGAGCAGGAGUAUGUGUGUAGCAUCUUGUCAGUUCCUCAGCCCACUGACUGUCCCCAGGACCUUGAGCAGUAAAUAAAUGGAGAUUCCUUUGCAACCUG